AUGAACGCGCUGGAAUGCCCUAAAUGUUGAGCCGCUGGCUGGAGCUGGGAUUUCCUCCGUCGCUCCCAAGAUGCUCGCUCAUGGGAUGCUUUCUAACCAUCGAACGAAUUCUUUCGACCCUAGUUCUGAAACACAUCCACCUCGAGUCCUAGUCUCCCUUCUCCAAUCUCGGCUCACUGAUGCUCCACCCACAGAAAAUAGCGUUGCUAAUUUCCUUCUCGCGUAGCUGAUUUCUCCCCGUGCCUUGCUUUACCAGCAACAUGCAAGGGCAGGGCCAGGCUGAGGAAGGGGAGCGAGAGCACGGGUCCAACCUGCAGGAUAAGUCUACGCUGCCGCGAGAUGAAGCUUCUUUGAGGAGCAGCAAGGCCCCCGCCCCUCCCGCAGGCACCCUUCCACGCGCCACCUCAGCACCAGUUGCCGCCACUAAGGCUCCAGGCGAGAAGCCAGCCGUUUUGAGCCCAGGCGCCAAGAGCCUGGCAGAGCUUGUGAGGGAGACGGACCUGGAGCCUGACGAGGAGGUUGCUAGGUAUGGCGAGAUGAGUGGGUAUAUUGCGAAGAUGGCCAAGGCUGGCUCGCCUGGCAAGGGUGCAGCAGAGGGAGAACAGGAGGGCCUCUACUCCACACAAUUCUUGAUUCCUGACGAGGAGGUGAAGCACCAGAAACGCCAGCAGUCUUGAUCUGCAGCCAUAGCACCUUUCAUAGGAGUCUCCUUGUUCAGAAAUUGUGAAGGUGCAUAAGAGUUCUCCUAGAUUUCCAGCUUGUGGAGCAUGUUAGGCCCUCCUCCUUCUUUGCAAUUGUACAUAAAUGGCUGUUAGUCGUUUUCUUUUCAAUGACGCACAAUACCAUGACGAUGG